AUGGCAUCAGCUGCUACACCAGAAUUUCCUUUUACCAAGGAGACAACCAACUAUGCUCGACUCUGUCGCCUUCUGGUGGACGUUGGAUCCCAAGCCUUGAGACACACUUUUGAUGCCAUUCACCCUCCAGGAAGACUUCCUACAGUUUUGGGGCGUCAUCCAGUGCAUGCAAAACUGACGUUUCUAAAGGACAAGAGGGUCUUGAAUGAAACGCAAUGGGAGAAACUGUAUCCAGUUACUCCAUCAUCUGUUUCAUCAGUAGGGUUUGAUAUCACACUACUGAUGGUUUUACUGAGGAACAUCUGUGGGUUAGCUCCUCCCAGCACUGGAUGGGACAGUCUUCCCCCGUCUACAGAUUUGAGUAAGCAGGCCAACAUCGCUAGGCUGAAAUACUACCGUAAUACUGUGUAUGGCCAUGCCAGCCAAGCCUCUGUGGACGAUGUUGCAUUCAACAAUUACUGGCAGGAGAUUAGCAAUGCCAUAGUGGGACUGGUAGGAGCACGUUAUGGAGAUACUAUCAGUAAUCUUAAGAAUAAGUGCAUGGACCCUGCUACUGAAGAAAACUACAGGCAGCUGCUGAAACAGUGGAAGGAAGAUAAAGACAAUGUUAAAGAAAAGCUGCAGGAAAUUGAAGGUGCAUAUAAUACGUAGCGAAGAAUGUAACCUUAAUCAAGCAAAAGGUGUCGGGAGGAAUGACAAAAUCAGCCUUGGACAUUUAGGUUUUGAUUGGUGUAGUUAUGUUUCAGUCACGACUUUUUAAUGUUACCCACUGGUUAUCGUGACAGUGGCCAUAUUCCACAUUGGCCAAGAAUACUCGAGCAAAUCGUCAUCUGAUCAGAAGCAAAAAUAAAACCAAUCAAGAUACAAUGGUAAACAGACAGGUGCUAAAGAUUAAGAAAAAUAAUCCCUAGAGGGAUUUAUCGCUUGGUGAAAUCACAGAUUCUCAAAAACAAGUUUAGAUAAAGAGAAAAAUUUUGUCUAGAGAAAGAGAUAUUCUGAUUCCACACGAGGAAUCGAACCUCAGACCUUCGGAUUCCGCGCUGCACUGCUGUACUACUGAGCCACAGAGACGCUAUGGUGAGCUAAGCCCAUUACGCAGUUCCUAUAUGACACGCGUCCUGCAUGCUACUAAGAUCAGCAAUGUCGAUAGCAGCCUCUUUUUAAAUAGAAUAAGAAAGAUCGUAAAUUUUGAGCUCGGCUAAAGAAAUAGAGAAGAAUGUUUUUUAUCUUGUCACGAGCGUGGGAAAAACAAAACAGAACAAAAAAAGCUAAAGAGAGAAAAAAAAAACACUAGAUAGUUACCAAUGAGAUCAAGGGAGUGAAAGGGUUUAUGAAUGUUAUGUUAAAAAAGGUAAGACUUUGCUGCAGGAAAACUAACGUGGUUUUUCACUCUCAGCCAGCACAUGGAACAAUAAAAAAGAUCUUAAUCAGCUGAGAUGCGAAUUAGGAAAUAUUGUGGAAAAAUUGGAUACGAUGACGUGGAUGAAGCUCCAUCUCUCUCGCCUAACCUCUGAUCAAAAACUAAAUUAUGUUUUUGCACGAGAUUUAUCGAUCUUUAGCACAUAUCUUUGUUAGCUUUUAACGCUUGUUUGCGCGUUAUUUGUACCUGAGAAGACAUUUAAUCCUUUCAAAGAGGAUUUAGACCCAAUUUCGAAGGGAAGUUCUAACUUACAAAACCGUAAAAAUGUUGUUACCCUCAGAUAAAGUGACGAACAACUUUGACAGGAUGAGAACUGAAGUUGGAAAUCUACGUGAUAAGCUGGACACUUUAAUGGCACAACAACAUGAAGCACAAGAUCAGGGUGAAUUCUUAAUACCAUUUAUUACGUCACUUUUGCAAUUAAAAUUAACCUUUUACAAUUAAGAAGUAUGGGAGGUGCUUUAAAAUUUUCUAACCUAUCAACUGUCAAAGCGCAGUGAGGUGCAUAUUGCUGUAUGUGGUUUGAUUAUUUUAAUGGUUGAUGAAAAUGUACCACAACCCCUCCCCCCAAAAGAAAGAAAAACAACAGCAAGAAACAAUAAAAACGAAAAAAAAAGUAUUAAUGGUACUAAUACUCCCAAAUAAAUUAAAAGGAAUGAAUGAAAGUUUUUGGUUUUCCAUUGUUGGUUGUUUCAUAUACGCAUGAAAUACGAAUAAAAAACUUGUUUCAGCUAUUUCUUUUAGAGUAAAGGGAAAAGGAAACCUGGACUUAUUUCAGACAAAUAUGUGUUUUGAAAUUUAGAAAAAAUGACAAAUGACAUUGAUCAGAUGAGAAGUGAAAUUGGAAGCAUACAAGACAAGUUGUCAAUUUUAAUGAUUGCCCAACAAGGGGAAACACAGCAUCAAGGUUAGUCACUACAGCAGCUAUGAAUUCAAGGGCGAUUCAUCUAUUGAAAUGCGGAGCUUCGGGAGAGUUAUUAUUAAGAGGGUGUUCACCGUAAGAAUGUUGCAUUUUUUGAGUGAACAACGUGAAAACAGAUUAAACCUAUAUAACCUCGUAGAACGAAACGUAAAGGCCCGGUCAUUUACACAAAGUUUGGCCGUUGUUUAACAAAACCACGUCCUAAACUAUCUUCAAUUUAGCCGAACCUUUUGCCUGAAAAGUCAUUUUUGUGAAAAGUGUCAAGAGAGCCUAAAGCUAACUGCGGAAGGACAUUUAUUUACUUAAAUCAACCCUCUUCUAGGGAACGCGUAAGGCUCAUUGUGUAAAACCGUGGUUUGGGUUAGACCUCGUUUAAAUAACCGACUCAAAGUUUGUAAACUAACGUGGCUCACACUGCAAAUAAUGAAUUAGCCAAAUAUACUAACACAAUUUGGCAUACGAUCCCACGGAAAUUACGGACAGUGCAGUAGAGAGGUACUGUUUGUUUUCAAUACACAGUUUAGACAAAAACUUGAAAGAAAAGUCUAAAGAUGGGCAAUGAAUAAUGCUUAAUUUUCAUUGAAAGUAGACUUGUGUCUUUUGAGUGCAAAAAGGUGCUCUUUAGAAGGAUUUGCAAUAAGACCUCUCAUCGCCGUUCGUGUAACCGGCGAAGCUGUCGUGUUUGGGUUUUGCCUUACAGCUCUUUUCCGGCUACAGCCGCCUAUAAGACCAUCGUCACCCGAUUAUGGAAAUAGUUACCUAAACCUCUGCCAAAACCAUUUGACAUGUUGCACAGCAGAGCUGGGAAUUACUGUCGCUCAUUAGCAAUGACAUUAAGUUAUUUUUGAAAAGUUUAUUGUUUUUCACACGCGAUCUAUUUUAAAUGGAGUGGCUAUCAGUUGAGGCUUCUAUUCCGCUAAUAAUAUUGAAAUGUUCAUCCUUAGGGGAAGUCAAAAAUUACCUUGAUCAAAUCAAAAUUGAUGUUGGAAACAUGAGUCAGAGGUUGGACGAUUUGGUAGCACAACAAAGAGAAACAAAGCAGCAAGGUGCGUACUGCUAACUAACAAUUGGAAUACGGGCACCAGUUGGAUUUUGAGGGCGAAGCUUGAGUCAACUAUUACGCAUGAAACUGAGAGCGAAAAAUCCAAUAGUUUAAUUUAAUCUAAAAGUCAUUCAAGACUUGGAAGAAAGGCAGGCUCGUGUUUUUAUUGAAUAUUAAUACAAAUGGGCCAUCCCCUGUGC